AUGAGUGCGUUUAGCGGACAAAUUCCAGGACAUCCGGGCAUUUCCGAUGUUCUGGAUUAUUUGAAAAUAGAUCCUGCAAUGCUGCGCAUAUUACAGAAAUAUAUAACUGAAAAGGAGCAGCUUAAAAGCUCGCUCCUAACCCGCUUGGAAGAGGUGAAGAGGAGGUUGGAGGAGCUGAAAGGGCGAAAUGCCCAAAAUGAAAUGGAAGACCUCAGAAAACUUCAGAAACCGGAAUUUAACGUGAAAGAGGCAGAGUGGGCUCCUCUGCCAGAAAGCGAUGAUGAAGCCGAGAAGUGGCCGUCAGGAGCGGACUGGGCCCCUUUGCCAGACGAUGAAGCAGGUAUUAAGCAGGUAUAA